UGUUGAUUUAAUACGUCUCGCCCAACAACAACCCUGGGGUGGAUCGAACUUGUUAUUCUGCAGUCCAAAAGAAAGGAAGAUUCAAACCCUAAAAAGGUUAAAAGAACAAAUGCUGUCCAUUCAUGGAGUGUAGCUAAGGUGUCUGACUGAACUCUGUGAUCAACACUUCACCAAGAGUUCGUCCUGAGGUGUGCUGCACUUGUAUCAAGUUCCUCCUAGCACCACCAAGGAGGAGUCUGUCAGAUAUGAAAUACAUCUGAGUGGUGGUGGCCGCGAGUGGUGGUGCGGAUGAUGAUGGACUUUAGAAGAUGAAGCUAGCUCAGUGUGACUUGCAGGAAGAUAAAAUAAGGAAACGAAUAAAUAAACGGCACGCAUUGUGUUUACCUAUUGCUGUACCGUAUACAAAUUGACGAUAAAAUAACAAUGUGAAAACGUUGAUGACGUCAUUAGUGGUGCUGUAAGGCCGCCAUCAGUUACCUGCUGUAGAUGACGUCAUUGUGAUGACCAUGAUGACGAGUAAACAUGUUCUGUGCGGUCUUGUGUGGCUCCUGUCAUGUGACUUCCUCAGCUUCGUCCAUUCGACACCGACUCUAACGAUACAGGAGGUCGUGCUGGCCGUGAAAGAGAGAGAGAGUCGCCAGCUGGAGCUCACCACCCUCCCCAUCACCUGCACCGACCCUGACGGAGACACUGUGCGCGUGUAUCGUCAGUCCAUCCAUCCCACCAACCCCUGCGGCAACUGUUUUCCCAUCUGGCCUUGUUCAUCCGGAACAGGGUACUGUGUGAUGUACACGCCCAGCGUGGGUACCCUCAACUACCUGGUGGCCACCCAGUACACGCUGGUGGUGGCCUGCACUGACGACAAAGGGGAGGAGGUUGCCGGGACCGUGGAUGUCCGUCUGGAGCCCAACACCCCGCCUGCUUUCACCAAUCCCCCCACUGGAUACGCCUCGUAUUCGGUAUCAUCGACCAAAACUAAAGUGAUCGGCGACCUCAAAUACGACGUGAACGCUAACGAUACAGAUGGCGACGGAAUCUUCUACACGAUGACGUCAUCGCCUGCAUCUAACAGAUUUGAAAUUGGAUACGGUAGCGGGAUCAUCAGAGCAGCAGCUGACCUGCGUUUUCAGUGUGACCCGUCCGUCACCUUCUCUGUCUACGCCUCUGACCAGUUUAACCCUUCGGUGGGCCCUAGUGUAAUAACAACUACGUUCAGCGGUAUCAACCAGCGGCCAGUGGUUACAAACCUUAACACGACAGUAAAGGUCGCUGAACUCACAGCAGCGCGAGCUCUCGUCUAUGCUGCUGUUGUCACCGACGCCGACAAAUACAACGACAUAUUCUACACAGUCAGGGCCUCACCUGAAGAGGGCUUGGAUUACUACGCCGUGGACACUAAUGGCAAAGUAACAACGAGAAAAAUCCUGGACUACGAGUACACUCCCCUAAGGACUGUCACCUUGUAUUUCGACAUCAGUGACGGCUUUUGCAAGGUGCCGACAUCAUGGCUGACAAUACAGAUUACUGAUGUCAACGAACCACCAAAAAUCUUUCCCAACGACAUAGAGAUCACAGUCUAUGAGGGAUUUAUCAACACCGACCCGUUCUGGAAGGUCGUGGACCCGGACGAAAACGAGUACCAUAAGUGGUCCCGUACCUCCAGCAGCGGCGACUUCGACGUGGAUGACGACACGGGCAGCAUCUUCUCCAAGGAAGAGAUCGACAUCGAUCCCAAAGUAAAGAGUAAAAUUUAUAAUUUGAAGGUCAGGGUCACUGACAAGGGUGGCUUGACCACAGAUGGACAAGUCAAGAUAACUGUUCUUGACAAGAACGACAAUGAGCCGAUUUUUGACAAGGCCGUUUUUGACGUGUCCGCCAACGAGUGCACAAAGCUGGGCACCAUCCUGAGCAAGGUCACCGCCACGGACCGCGACAGCUCUUUCCAGGGUAACGACCGGUUGUUCUACAGCGCCACCGGGAGGUACAUCAGCAUCUUGUCCGACGGCAGCGUCGUUCUGACGUCACAAUGCACGGCUGGCAUCAAUGACGACACUCUGGCUCACGUGACUGACCAGGGCCAAUACCCGGGCCCGCUGAGUGGCGUCCCAGCGACCGUUACUUUCUCCUGUUCUCCAUGUCCUACACCCCCCGUAAAGACUACCACUACAACUACUCCAACAACAUCGACAACUGCCACCGUGACUAUCUUUGCAUCCAACACCAAGAAGGGGUUCCUGGACAAUCUCGCGUGGCUUGUACCCGCCAUUCUGCUGGGUAUCGCCCUACUCUCCACACUUCUCUACCUCCUGUGGCGGUACUGCUCGGCUGCAUGCACAAGAUGUCGGUUACGUCGUGAGAUGCUGAAGAAAUCACCCAAAUCUCGAAAUGUGAACGUGAAAUCCAAUGUAAAACCCAAUGUGAAACCCAAUGUGAAACCCAAACCGCCUGCGCCUAAGAAAAAAGAACUCCCACCACCACCUGAACCACCGCAACUUCCAGAAGAGCCUUUCCUGUUUGGAUUUUGGAAAGAGACCUACACGGACAGGAAUCAAAUAAUCCCUCCAUCACGCACCGCGCUGCCGGCGUCGGUUGCCAAGGACGACGAGGUGGCCGCCAUUGUGCUCAAAGAGGAAAUAGCGGAGAAAGAAGCCAUAGCCAAGGAGCGGCAAGAAAAGAUUGCCAAAUACGAGAAAGAGGUCGACGACUACAAGAAAAAGAUAAAUGGAGUGGAGACCGAGCCUGCACCGAAACCACAGACACCACCGAAACCACCGAAGCGCAAAGUCUGCAACAUUCUCUGAAAACUUUUCCAGACUUUGAGAUGGUUCCCUUCUUCUGUCCCCCUUCACCCCUUGGCCCCCUUUACCCCUUGGCUAAACCAUAGAUAGACCUAUCUGUCCCCACUGUGAAACAUUCAUGGGAUCGGAUUAGCAUGUAUGAGAUGUGAUUAGCCCUGUUCUCCUCCUGUUCACUGUCCCUAUUUAUACAUGUUGUUACCAUUUUGAUUAAUGUUCUCAAGUGUUCACUGUUUAUAUGUAGCUUAUUGUUAUAAAUAUAAUUUGUCUUCCUGGUUUUCCGCCGAUGCACGAACAUUGCUAAUGAUCAUUGUUUAUUUAUUAUUUCCGAAAAAAAUUCAGACAGUCUUAGUAGUCUUUUGUUACCCGAGACUGAAUUAAUGAAACAUAAUGUAUUAAUUGUCAGAAGCUUGAAGAAAUAUUUAUUUUCCUUGUAGCCUCUUGUU